AUGCUCUCAUUAUGGACUUCCUGUCCCAGUGUGGGAUUAGACAGUACUCUUACUCAGUAUUUAGAGGCCACACACCCUAUAGUUUAGCAUCUUAAAAUAGACAUGUACAGGAGAGGAAGUUUGGGUGAGCGUGCACUGUAGUGUGUGUCAUUGCAUUAUGUAAACAUUCUUACUGUGGCACUCUCAUUUUCUUGUAUAUUCCAGCUCCAGUUAAUGUGCCCCCACAGUAAUCUGAGUGUUGGCGAGCAGGAAGUGAUGCUGUUACCUUAAUGAAGAGUCAGCCUGUUAAAUAGCGCUUUCUCUAGACAUACCAUUAAAUCCAGUCUUUAGCUUUAGCUAUAAACACUCUCUGUAAAGUACUCUCGUUCAUUUACUCGAUCUCUUCUGCUUUCUUGGACUUUGCAUUCGGACUAAGAGAAGAGAAAGGUAAGGUUUUCAUACCUACCCAAUGCAUGAAUUUUAAGCAGAAACAUUUAAAGAAAUGUUAAAAUAUAAUAAAUUAUAUAUGGCUUUUUAUUCUUCAGAUUUUAUAUUUCAGAAUGAAACCUGCCAUAUUGAUUCUCUGUCUGCUGGGAGCAGCCUAUGCUAAUCCAAUCUUGCAUAAAAUGGCUAUGGAGAUGAUUCAACAUGCAUCCAACUCUUCGGAAAGCUCUUCGAUAUCUGAAUCCUCCGACCAGAGUAAUACCUCAGAAACUUCAGAUGAGAAGUCUAAGGUAACUGUCUCCGACAGCAAUAGCUCAGAAUCAACUGAAUCGGACUCAAAUGAACCGAUGUCUAGUGAAAGCCAUUCUGUGGAAAGUCUGAUUGGAAAAAGUGAGACUGCACUGACAUCAGAUAACACUCAAAGCAGUAAAGAGAACGUUCGUAGGGGCUGGAUCUACACCCUCAAAUGGGUCCAUAAGGACAACAAUGCCAUUGCGCAAGCAACCAGCCAGCCAGAAGAGAAUGACAUCAAAUCCACUAGUGAUGGAUCAAAAAAAAGUGAAAGCAGUGAAUCAAGUGAAAGCCAGGAAAUGGUUGUUCUGAACACAAAGGAAGAGGAUAACGGUGCCGACACAAGUGAAAGCACUGAAAACAGUUAUAUUGUUGAUGGUACCGAGUACAGUACCAGCAAUAGCAGCAGCAGCAGCAGCAGUAGCAGCAGUGAAAGCACCGAGUCCAAAAACAGUGCAGCGGACAGCGAAAGUCGCUCAACUGAGUGCCAGCCAGGGGCUGACAGCCAAGAAUGUGACAGCGAGGAAGACUUUCCUCAGGAUAUCGGUGAUGAUGGUGCAACCGACCCUUUCAAUGGCAUCCUAAUGCCUGAUGUCACUGAGCCCUAGCAGCAGUUUAAGACAUCAUUUUAUGACUCAAUGCUCUGAUAUCUGCAAGUGGAAAUCCCAGGAAUAUAUUAAAAUGGGAAUGUUCUAAUUAAGGAAAAUAUUUAAAGGAGGUUAUGUAAGGAAAUUUACAUAAUAUAAACCAUUAAAUAAAUGUUAAUAAUACUGGGUUUUUUUUAAGGUACCUCAGUCUGUUUUUAAUUUAAAAUCACACAUAUUGUAGGCAUAGUUUGAUAUUUUUGUUUUAUAAUAUUUGCUUUUUAUUACUGGAUAUCUCUGGAGCUGAAGUUGUGUGCAGUAUUUUUAUAUAGAUUUUGUAGUCAUUUAUUUAUACUGUUGGUAUUAACCAUUUUCAAAUAAAGUAAAGAAAAAGUCAAGCACUGCAUGAGUACUGUAUUUCCCAGGAAUUCUUAAUGCUAAAAAGUUGCAUAUGCAAGCACCAUACAUUCCUAAAAUGAAAGGGUUGCCCUAAUGCAAUCCAAGAGUAAUUACCAACUUCAUUGCCUAUAAUUUUACAGAUUUAGUUCAUACCUUCGCACAAGCAUGCCUAAACAAUAAAAAUGUGUUUAGAGAGCUGAAAUGGCUGUUGUGUAACAUCAAGCUAUGAAAGAGCACUUUCAGCAGUAAGGAAUAUUGCAACAAUUAUGUGUGUGUGUGUCUGCGAUUGACUUAUUUACAAGUAAUAUAUCAUGUCUGUCAAACGCAUGUCAUUGCUGUUUUGAUACCACAAGAUGGUGGCAAACUUUAAAGAACAGUGGUGGGGUUUCCCUAGGCAGAACAUCAUGAACUCACACAAACAUUACAUGCUGAGCGGGACUUUCUGCCGUUUCAUGUGUGCUGCUUUUGGCAGAGGGAUAAAGAUUCCUUACGCUAAGAAUGGGGGUUUAGACAUUGUAAGUUUGUUAAUUACUGUAUAAUUAAAAUGACUGUUUUAUGGUUCAGUCUUCAGAUAACAGACUAAGCACCAUUGGCUUUCAUUGUCUAGACAAUUGACACAGUUUGAUCCAAGAUAAUGGCAGGCAUUAUCCAUUAUGACAAGAAGUUUAAAUAAUGGGUUUUUAGAGACUGCAAUAUAUUGUGUGUAAGAAUUUGCCAGAUUCCCCAGUUUAAAAAGACAAUAUAAAAUUGUCAGACGCUAUUUUCCCAGCGUUUACGGUUAGCUGUUCAGCUGCCAAUAUAUUAUAUGGUACAAUAAAAUUAAACAAUACUCAUUUUGUAUGUGCUCAAUAUGUGUGCUGAAUAUCAUCACUCAUUUCGCACCACAUCAUUGUCAAAUUGUUUUGGGGUAAGAAAGCAACAUGUAGGCUAAAAUCUGCAGCAUAAUCUCU